UAUUAAGAUGGAGGCCGCAAAAUGUAUGUAUAUUAGAAGAUAAUAUUAACCUCAAGUGAAGCCUUAAUUAUAAUUCCAGAAUAACACAUGUAGAUAUGUGUUAUUUUGUACUAUAAAAUACACAGUUAGAUUAUAAUUUUGUUAAAUAUUGAAUAUAAAUGGCUCAGGGGAAACUAAAGGUAAAAACUAAAUUACCACAAAAUGCCAAAGUUAAGAAGCAAAAAGGAUCUGCAGUGACCAAAAGAGCUAACUGUCCACGUCAGCCUAAAAAACAAGAAGUUUCACAGAAACUCAAGCAGGCUGUUAGUAAAACAGUGAACAAAUCUGUGGAAGAUGAAAUACGAGCAAGAGCAUCAAAAGGUCCCAAAAAUUUUUCAAAAGCUCAGGAAGUAGUUGCAAAUCAUAAUGCAAAAACAAAUUAAUAUAAGAUUUUAAAAAUGUACAUAUACAAUAUAAUUUUUUAACUAU